CGUUUAGGGGAGGAACUACGACUCGAAAUGCGUGCUUCAAGUUAAUCAACAGUCCUACACUACCAGAUCACUCAAACUACUGAACCUCGACGUUGCUGCAGUAUAAUCUUAAAGUUUUAACCAGAUUUUUGCAGCGUAUACUAGUUUUGCGGGCUAGUACCAGGCAGCCGAAUCUUCCAUUGAAAUGAAAGCGGGCGUGCUACAUUGUCGGUGCCCUAAAUGUUUUUCUUUACCUGCGCGGAAACGGGUCCGAAAGCAGGUUCCCUCAAUGACGCUCCUGUCUCUUCCUGAGGAAGUGCUCCUGUGUGUUCUCCAGUGCCUCUCUGCUGAAGAUCUGCUGACUGUUCGAGCUGUGCACUCUCAGUUCCGUGAUAUCAUCGACAACAACUCGUGUGUCUGGGCACGGGUCAGCUUCAAGGACCGCUGGCCAGCUCCUGAUACUGUCUGGCUCUUUAAAAGAGCUGCAGAAAAAGGAAAUUUUGAGGCUGCAGUGAAGCUAGGAAUUGCAUAUUUGUAUAAUGAAGGACCAUCUCUUAGUGAUGAAGGUCGGGCUGACUUGUGUGGCAGGAUGGCUGCUCGAUUCUUCAGCCUGGCAGAGAGCCUGCGCUCCCCCAUGGCCGACCCCUUCAUCUGGGUCUUUAUCAGGCCACCUUGGUCUCCUUCUGGAAGCUGCUGCAAGGCAGUUGUAUAUGACCAUCUCAAAGCAGAGAGUGACACCAACUUGGAGAGAAAAGGAACAUUACUGCAUUGCCUCUUUAGAGUUCUUCAGUUGUUUGAUGAUGAGGAGAAGCACGUGGAGGCACUCGCUAUAUUGGAGGAGUCCUCGAAUUGUGGCAGUGUGCAGAGCUCAUACGUACUGUGGGAGCAGAAUCGCAGCGCUGCGAUGUGUGACCCCGGGAGGUAUCUUCAGUGUGUGCGAACUCUCAGGGACUAUGCGGCCAAGGGCUGUUGGGAAGCUCAGCUCUCUUUAGCAAAGUCGUGUGCCAGUGGCAAUCCCCUGGGUAUGGAGCCCCGGGCCUGCGCUGACUUAGUUGCACAGCUCUUUCUCUCUUGUCCAUCCCCAACUCGACAAGCUGAUCUACACAGACAGGGCAUCAGUGACACCAUGAGGUAUAUAUUGGUGGACUGGUUGGUGGAAGUGACUACCAUGAAGGAUUUCUCCAGCCUGGCACUGCAUGUGACAGUGGGUUGUGUGGACCGCUAUCUGUCCCGUCGUUCUGUGGCAAAGGCUAGGCUGCAGCUUUUGGGCAUUGCCUGUAUGGUUAUCUGCACAAGGUAUAUCAGUAAAGAUAUUCUGACCAUCCGAGAGGCUGUGUGGCUCACUGAUAACACGUAUCAGUAUGAGGACUUGGUGAGGAUGAUGGGGGAGGUCAUCUCUGUGCUGGAGGGGAAGAUCAGAAUUCCCACUCUGCUGGACUAUGGAGAAGUGCUACAGUCCUUGCUGCCCAUGGAGCGGCGAAGUACUCAUCUCUUCAGCUACAUCUGUGAGCUCUCUCUGCUUUGCUCUCCCCUUGCUGUGCCUGGUCCUGCUCGUCUUGCCUGUGCCACCCUGCUGCUCACACGAGCGUUACACAAUUAUGCUCCUGUUUGGCCAAACCAGCUGGUUGAGAACACUGGCUUUUCUAAGGAGGAGCUAGUGCCCUGUGCUUUGCUGCUCUAUAUCAAGUGCUUUAGUCAAGAUGCACCCAAAGACUACAGACAUGUCUCCUUAAUUGGCGUUAAGCAAAGGUUUGAAAGUGAUGCAUACCAACAGAUUAGCAAAGAGCCGGUAAUAGGGUUUAAAGAACUGUGCCAAGUGCUGGAGGUUCCAGAGGUGGAACCCAAAUUUGACCCUCCUAGUGCCAGUGGCCAUUCAGCAGACAUGCAUACCUUCCUGUCUUCUCCAUCUAGCAACAGUAAGAGGAGGCGAGAGGAUAGCAUGCAGACCCACCGAGGCAGCUUUGUGGCCACACCCACAGCUGAACUGUCCACUCAGGAGGAGACCCUUCUGGGCGAUAUCCUUGACUGGAGCCUAGACGCUUCCUGUUCAGGUUAUGAGGGUGAUGAAGAAAGUGAAGGAGAGAAAGACGCUGAAACCUCAGCCCUCGCCUUCCAGCUGCAACUGUGCAUGGAGUCUUCUGACCGAGUGCACUGUCGUGCUCUCUCUAGCGACGAGGAUGGCAUGAGUGAAACUGAAGCCACUACAAAGGAGACCUUUGGAGGCAGCAGCCGCAGCAGACCAUGGUUUUGCCAGCCUUCUUCAACUUCUUCCUCGAAAGGCCCACUCUCCAUUGACCUUCACAGUUCUGGCUACUCUUCCGUCCAAAGCAGCAGCCCUUCUACCUCCACUGCUCCCACCCUGGUGACCUGUUCUCUUUCCCCCCUGAGCCCGGUCUCAGCCUCAGUGUCCGCCUCUCCCGGCUUCUGCCUUCUUGUGCCCAUGCAGAGGCCCUGUGACUCAGCCCAUAGACAAGUAAAAAGGAAGAACACAGCUGCUCAUAGUGGUGGAGAGAUAGAAAUGGAAAUUGAAAGGGAGGAACAAGAGAUUACUGUCGCCAAUGCAUCGUUCAUCAGUUAAUGGCUUUAGUAACAAUGAUUGUGUGGAUUGUUAAGGGUGCCUCUUAACAGUUUGCUUGUCAGGUGUUAAGCCCCAGUCUGUGAUAAACAGGCAAAAAGGUUUACAUCAGUGUUUCCGUUCCUGUUCAUAUUAUCCACUGUGAGCUUUUAAGGACCAUAUGUUCCCAUAAUAGACAUUGCUGAUAAUGAAUAAAAGCAAACAGAAAGACAUUUAGCAUUAUGCAAAUGAACUAACUGGCCCCAGCUUGUAUUCCUUUUUAGCAUGAAGUGUUCCUUUAAGAAAAGGAAAGGAGAAGAGGAAGAAGAAAACUAACUGUGAUACUUGAAUCCUUCCCUUCCUGUGUAACCUUAGUCAUGUUGAACUGCUUGUAUUCUGUGGCUUUGAGCAUGGCUGCACCACAAAGUUGUUUGACAAUUCUUUAUUAUCAAACCACUGGAACUUUCUGGAAAAUGUCGUCUUCUGUGCCUCUGUGUCUGUAUGAGACCUUUUGCAAAUCUGCAGACAAUUACAACUACCUGUCUCACAUCCCACCCACCAUAGGAACUCAGACUAUCUCAGAAGGUUUUUUUUAUGUAUACAUUCAUAUGUAUUUUUGCUGGACUGAAAGCUUUUUAAACCAAGGAAUAUCUAGGCAUUUAGAAAGCUUCUUUAAAUUGCAUGAAAUUGUUCCAUACUGGGUAUACACUGCCAAAACUUAACUGGUCCACUUAACUCUUUUUCAGGGCACUGAUUCAUUUGCUUCUUUGGACAACUAGAAAUAUAGGUGACAUGUAUUGAAGAGUAAAUUAUACCCAAUAUGUUUUUGUAUGUCUGUUUAUAUACCAUGUGUUUUGUAUACUCCCUGGUGCUUUCUGAGUCUCUGAUGCCAAAGGUACUUUUUUAUUUAUUAGUAGUAUUAUUAUUAUUAUUAUUAUUAUUAUUAUUAUUAUUAUUUUUUAACAUCGCUGGCAUGCUCUCACUAUUCUCAAGUGUAGUUGACUGAAAUUUUUACUGUUAAGUAACUUAGCAAUAUUUGUACUGUACUAUUUCAGACAAUACCAAACUGAUUGAUACCAUUUUUUGACGUGUGACAAAGAGAAGCAAUGUUUCACCUGUGUAUUUUUUUUGAACGUGGAAUAACAUGGAAACCAACUGUGUUGCAACAAGAUCAGUUUAAUGUGAUGUUGAAGGUGCCGUUUCUUCAUAGCUUCAAAUGGAAAAGCACUUUCUUUUACCUAGCGCUGGAUGAGUGUUCCUGGUGCUAAUGUCUUUCGUGACAUUUGCUUGAACAAUCAAAAGUAUGUUUGAGUUUAUUCAGUGCUCUGCAGGUAGACACGUACCUGAUUUUGAGAAACGGAGGUCAACACAAAGCAUUAAAUUAUUACUUGAUGGAUUUUGUCAGUACUGUAACUUCGUCAAGGGGUGUGACUGUAAAUACUUUUUAAAUAUAUAUAUGUUAAUGGAUGGAAGCUGUGAAAAGCCACUACUUGAAACAAAUAGUUGUUUGUGCUGAAUUUAAAAAAAAAAAAUAAAA